ACACAUUGCUCACUUGGGCGGGGUUAUCUAUCUUUGUUAAAAACUGUAAAAGUACGACACAGCCAGAAGGACCAGACAUUUGCCCAACAGUUUUGUUUAGCAAGUUAAGUGUCUGUGUGUUGAAGAUGUUUCGGUGUGGAAUUGCCUACCCAAGGUGCAGAUGGAUCCUGCCACUUCUUUUGCUUUUUGCCGUGGUUUUUGACAUUAUUGCCAUUGCUGCAGCAUCUGGCUGGGUCGACGACUCCAAGACGCAUUAUGCUAAUAUGUGGAAACAGUGCCGAGGACCAAAAGAUAACCCGGAUUGCCAACCUCUGGACUUCGCAUGGGCCAAAGCCGUCGCUGCCCUGAUGAUCAUUGGCCUCUUACUGCUUAUCAUUGCAUUCAUUGUGUCCGUUGUGUCCCUCUGCACUCUGAGGCUUAGUCUGCUGCGUGUCGUGGGAUUCCUCCUCCUUUUUGCCGUUGUUUUACAGAUCAUCGCUCUGAUCAUUUACCCAGUGCACUUCAACAAGUUAAUCUACGAGGGACAGUACGACUACAGCUGGGCGUACGGCUUCGGUUUGGGUGCAACCAUUAUCAUGCUUGGCUGUGGCAUCCUCUUCUGCUGCCUUCCCAACUACGAAGACGAGCUGACCGGCAUGGCCAAGACCAAGUACAUCUACACCACAGAUUAAAAACCCUGGGAAGAGGAAGAGGCACACAGACACACGCUUCCACUUUGGAACAUGCAGGAGCUGUUUUAAUUCCUGGUAAUGCCAGUGUAUGCCCCUUCAUUUGAUGCACUGCGGGCACACACCAGCAUUACAUUGAAUUAAAACAUCCCAAAGGAUUUUUUUCAAGAGGAAAAUGUUUUUGAAUUGCAUUAGUUAUAUAUAGGCUUGCUACUUUUUGAUAUUAAUCGGUAAAGCUUGUUAAACGUCGAAUUCCCAAAAAAUGAGUUCGACUGAAAUAAAUCUAUACAUGAUAAACGUCGGUAAAACCACUUGCUAUUUUUUAUUUUCUUACCAAAAAUAAUCAUUUAGGAAUCUUCUCGAGUUUGUGUAGUUUUUAUACUUGCUGUCUGUCCUGUCUUCGUUCUGGCUGGGGGUCGCUGUCAGUCAUCUCAGUUCUCAGAUCGGAAAAAAAAACUUCUUUCUAAAAUAAACAUCGAUAUUAAUCGUCGAUUUGGGAAAAAAAUAGAAAUCGAAUAGUAGCAAGCCUAGUUAUAAGAGUAUUUUCUUUAUAUUUCCAACAGACAUUCAGCAGCAAAGGGACUUGGUGGAGUUUCAAGUGGUGCUGUUAUAUUUUAUUAGAAAAUGGAGAUUUCCUUUAACCUGAUUGGUCAAUACAAGGUUUUUAAUUUCUGGUAAAGGACCUUGAAUGUUAUCAUUCAAACUAUGUUUAAUCACUGUUCCGGAAAUAUGUAAAUACAGUAUUAAUGUAUUUGACCUGUUUCUGCUUGAUGAAAGAAAAUCUCUGUUCUAGUACAAGCCCUUUAAAUGUUGUCUCUCUGCUUCAGCGCAGGACAUUUAACUACAUGAGGCGGGCCUUACCGGACAGUAAAGCCCUCUUCUUCGGGUUAUAUUGCUUAAUUGAAUCCAAGGUGAUUCAAAAUCAGAAGGUUCUUCACCAGCUCACAGAAAUUGGACAGGUAGCAACGGUUCAUUUCUCUAAUGCGUAUACCUUUUCCAAGGCAUGUCUGGGAACUGUCAAGAGACUUUUUGGCAAAGUGUGUUGCAGGUAAUUUUGAGGUGUGUGUGUGUUAGGUAGUGUUGUAUUGUUAGAAUAAAAAAAAAUUGACAAUUAUAUGCGUGGCAGUUCCAAUAGGAUCUGAAAAAAUGUAAUGUACAAAGGAUAAAACUACCAAGUCCUACAAAAAUACUCUGCUGUUUUAAUGUAAUUAUAUAUGGAAAAUAAACCUGAUGUGUGUCUUUUAUUCA